AUGCUUGAGCGAAUUUUACACCUGAAACCAGCCAUUGCUGCAACCUUACUCAAAUUUCCUUCUGUGGGAAUUGAAUUUUCCGUCCAAGAUUGGAGCCUCUAUGAAAAAGUGGUGAGGAUUUUAAGUGUUUUUGAGGAGGCAACAAAAAUGUUGUCAGGUAGUGAUUCUUGUAUCAGUUCCUGCAUUCCAAUUGUGACAACAAUAAUUAAAGCUUUGGAAACAACCUCCGGCGAUGUCAGUGUUCAGAAAUUGAAAAUAGCUAUGAAAAAUGCAAUGGAAAAACGUUUUUCAGCAAUUGAAAAAACAGAACAUUAUUCAGUUGCUACUUUACUUAAUCCAAAAUACAAAUGGUAUUUUUUCCGAUCUCAAGCUGCUUUGCAAAAUGCCAAACACAUUGUCAUGUCCCAAAUGGAGAAUUUUGAACCUCUUGAAGAUGAAUUGGCUCCUGUUACUCAAAUUCCAUCUGGUGACAAUGAAAAAAACACGGCAUUCUUGCACAUAAUGUCAAAAAUUAUUGCACAGUCUCAAACAGGACCAAAUGAGCAUUCAUCUUCCAAAAUGACGAGGGAAGUGUUGAAGGAUUUUUUGUAUUGUCCAAUGGCUUCUCAUUGCCUAGAAUUUUGGAAAAACUAUGAAAAAAAUGCGACUAGCAAAAUCAAGUUAGCAUUGACUAAGGUGGCAAAAAAGUACCUCACACCACCCCCAACAUCCACAGAUGUUGAAAGAUUGUUUUCUACGGCUGGAGAUAUUCUAUCUAACGAAAGAAACAGACUCCUUCCAGAAAAUUUGGAAAAACUCCUUUUUUGUCGAGAAAAUUUUGCAGUUGUUGGAUUCUGCUAUUAA